AUGCAUGUUAAUUCUAGAAGAGUUAGAAAAUAUCAGUUUGUGCACAUUUUUGCCACUUGUUUUGUUCUGUGCUUCAUGUUUUUUUGGGUAGAAAUUGAUAGCCCUAGGUUUGUGCACACGAUGAAAUCUUUCUCGUACAAAUACCUCAUAAAUAGCUAUGCUUUUGUGAAUGACAGUCUAACGAUUAGCAGAUGUAACAAGGUAGCAAGGCAUCGGUAUUUGAUCAAUCACGAGGAGAAAUGUCAAGGGCAAGAUGUUCUCCUCCUGAUCUUUGUGAAGAGUUCACCUGAAAACUACCAGAGGAGAGAUGCAAUUCGACAAACAUGGGGUAAUGAAGAAUACAUUCAUCACUAUCUGAAUGCCAACAUAAAGGUCUUAUUUGUUUUAGGACAAUCGAGAAAUUUUUCACUGAGAAGUGAAACGCAAAUGAGGCUGGAAAAGGAAGACGAGAGGCAUGGAGAUCUGAUUCAACAAGACUUUUUGGAUACUUUCUACAAUCUUACCUACAAAUUACUGUUGCAGUUCAGCUGGGCAAACAACUUCUGCCCUCAUGCCAAGUUUGUCAUGUCAGCUGAUGAUGACAUAUUUAUCCACAUGCCAAAUCUUAUUGCAUACCUCCAAAAUCUAGCACAAACUGGGGCUCAGGGUGUUUGGGUUGGGCAUGUCCAUUAUGCAGCACCUCCCAUAAGGGAUAAAAAAAGCAAAUAUUAUGUUUCCUAUAAAAUGUACCCGUGGCCUGUCUAUCCUGACUACACAGCUGGAGCUGCAUAUGUUCUAUCCAGCGACGUAGCUGCUAAAGUAUACCAAGCCUCUCAGACUCUUAAUUCAAGUUUUUACAUAGAUGAUGUUUUCAUGGGACUUUGUGCCAACAAAGUGGGAAUUGUACCACAGAAUCACCCCUUCUUUUCUGGAGGAGGAAAGGCUCCACAUCAUCCUUGCAUUUACGACAAAAUGAUUACUUCUCAUGGACAUGUAGAAGACCUUCAGUAUUUUUGGCGACAGAUUACAGAUCUAAAAAUGAAAAACAUUUCUUCUGGAGUUUGGGGUAACAUAUAUUGCAGAAUAGUUAAUAUUAUGCUGCUUUGCAGAUUAUAUAAUUGCGAUGCAUAUGUCUGUUCAGCUGCUUUUUCCUAA